UUCGCGACAGAGGUUACUGCUGCUUCAACCCCCAACGCCCUCUCUCUGCUCGGCCACCCAAUGUGCUCUUCCUGUCAAGUUCGAUUAGGGAGAUAUGCUACUUUGCUGUUGUUUAGAGUCAAUGCACAUAGAAUUAUUCUCCUGGAAUUACCUGCAUUAGUUGAGCAUGCCUUAGUAGUUCAUUUUUAUUUGAUGGACUGUGGUUUUGAUGGAUGAUUGUUGAUGGCCACAUUCAGUCAGCCAUGGAAUUGUUUGAAGCUUAUUUACAGUGUACAUUGUUUUUUGCUGUGAUAAUCAUACUAAGUGAUUGCUUUAUCCUCUUGUUGCAUGUACACAUGGAACCCACAAUUCAUUGGAUCUGAAGUUGGACAAGGAAGCAGUUGAAGGAACUUGCUUCAUACAUAAGCAUUGCUCCACCCUGUCAAAAUGUCUCCCACACCAACAAACUCCUGUAGUGACAGUAGUGCAUCAUCACAGCGCAACGACGGUGAACGUUCUUCACAGGCUCACUCAGCGCAGACUGCUGCGAGUAGUACUCGAACCCGCGGGUCAAGGACACAAACCAAAUGGCCAGAAGACAAGUUGACUGCAACUGGACUUGAUGAAAAAUUUUGGCCUACCCCAGAUGCUGCAAGGGAAAGAUUUGUAUUGGUCUGUGGCCUCAUUGCUCGGGAGAGGGUGUCAAUCAACAGGAAGCUUGAGGAUCUGUCACCAGUUGAGAAGGAACAGCUAUUCGAAGCAUUGCUGGAAAAGCUAGAGUACCCAGCCAAUCUGGAACCAACUGUUCGCAACAAGGCAAUUAAGGCAGCUAUGUCAGAGAUUGCAACCUUGCAACGGCGGUUCAAGGCCCAUUUAAGAAGAAAUUAUGUGAGGCAGGAGGAGUCUCCCUUUGAGAAGCAUGGCUUUUUGAAGCCAGAAGACUGGGAGGUGUUUGUGCAGGAAACCAAUUCUCCUUUUUUUCAGCGAGUGAGCCAGGAGAUGAAAGAUAAGAGAGCAUUGCAUAAUAAGCCACACAAGACGGGAAGAAAAGGUUAUCAUGGUAAAAGGAAAGAGUGGGAGGAGGAGGAUGCAAAGCUAGCUAGAGAAGGAAAAGAGAACCCUUGGGACCAAUUUCCUGGACGUUCGAGGUCAUAUCUGCGGGCAAGGGCGGCGAAGAGGAUGACCACUAGUGAAGGCACUAGUGAAGGAAGCGGGGACAUAACAUUCAGUAACCCUGCGGUGGUGGGGCUAGCAAAUAAGGUGAAAGACCUUGCAUCUAAGGCUAGUGAUGGUUCUUUCACUGGGGUUAGGGAGAAUGAUAUCCUCACCGCGGCACUUGAGAAUCCAGAGCAUCGAGGUCGGGUCCGAGGCGUGUCUAGUUCAGUUGGCUGGGGUAAAGGGUUUGGUGAAGAGUUUGCUGGAAUGUACAGGAAGAAGAGGAAGAAGACGAAGGAGAGGUCUGAUGCGGAGAAGGAAAAGAUAGUUGGUGAAACAGCCAUCAGAGUAAUCAACAUGCUAAGACAAGCAGGCGUGGUUAUACCGGAUGCUUUGUGUCCUACCCAACCAACACACACCGGUAGCAGCGAGCAAGAAGAUGCGAGUGUCAGUGCGGAAGAAGAUGUGCGUGGCAGCGGGGAAGACCAUGGGCCAUUCAACGAGAACGAAGCUGACAGUCGAUCAUCUAUGCUGGACACAAUAGAUAAGCUGACAGAGCCAACCAAGUGCAGCCUUUUGGAUGGCACCGGGCAUAACUUGGAGCUCGCAGUAGCCACUGUCUAUCCAUAUCAAGAGACUUGCCAUUGUGUACCGGUGCAGGAAGGGUAUGCAGUGGUGCAACCUACUUAUGUGUGGUCCAAUACGAGUCACUUCCGUCUGCCUGUGCCAGUAGGGGGGGAUGAGAUAACAACCUUAGGUGAGGCUCUCGGUACAAGGAUCCAAUGGUCAAAGCAUAGGAUCCUUAUACCACCCAGGACGAGACAGCCCAACUCUGGAACCGCAUCAGGUAGCAGGGGUACAGCAUCAGAUGCAGAAGCGGAUUUAGAUGCUGCUGGACCAAAUUGUGCCAGGUUGCAUGCUUACGUCAUGGAAAACAGUAAGGAUAAACUUGGCUUUCCAGCAAAGGUGCCUCAAGCCUACUUUGAAGGUGAUGGUGAUUUAAUGUUAAACAUUGCAUUCGAUGACGUGUACGACCUUAUAACCCUAGGUGCUCUGGAUGUUAGCUUCUUGAGGUUGUGGACAUUGAAAAUGAUGCAGAAUGCAGCAGAGAUGCAGUGCAGUGUUGCGUUUUUGGACCCACAGGUUUUCACCGCCACAGUGAUUUCUCACCAGCCUAGCACUGUAACACAAGCAAUUAAAAAUGCUAUGAAGAACGACUAUGUGGUGGGUGCCUACAACACCGGUGGCCACUGGGUAACAGUGAUCAUCUCUAUGAAGUACAAAGAGGUUUGGGCCUUUGAUGCGCGCAUGGAAGAAAUGAUGAAAGCAAAUAAGAAAAGGCCAAAAACCAAACCUAAACUCACGCACAGGAUAGAUGUUAAAUGCGCUCAACAGCCAUCGGGGACCUUUUUAUGUGGAUUCUAUGUGGCAUUCAAUAUGCUAAAACUAGUCGGUGACAUACCUAUAAUGAAAAAGGCUGCUGAUUUCAACGCUGCCCUAACAGUUUCUAUAGAAGAUCUAAAGCCGGUCCGGGAGAUGCUGUGCGAGUUCAUUCUUAAGGAGACCCUCGACCCAAAGGGCAACUUCUAUAGCGCCUUCUAA